CUGAGAAUAGUGCAAUACUGGAGAAAAGAAGAGACAACGCCGACAGCAGGAAACGCCUGAUAAUUUGUGAGCCAGGAACGUAGUGACGGAAGUGACGUGCAUCUGCCAGUCAAGCCGAGCCGUGAAGCACUGGGAGGUGAUGGCGGAAGUGGCCCUGCUGCUGCCCGUGAUGGCGGAAGUAGUGGAAGAAAAGAUGAAGCCGGACCCUGAACGAAGUCGUUUUCCGCACUGUAUCGUGUGGACCCCAAUCCCUGUCCUGACGUAAGAGAUAGGCGAGGUCCUGCCGUGUCCACACCCAGAAAUUGUUAUAUAUAUAUAUUAUAUGUAAUUUGAUAUUGCAAAUCGAAGUGUUAUUUUAUGGCAUGCAUAUUAUGCUAUGUUAGUAGGACGUAUGCUGUAUUCCCUUUAGGGCAUUUAACCGUAGAAGACAGCUAUAGGAGAAGACAUGUAGGCAGGUUAUUGAUAUGUAUAAACUGUAAGCUCCUUUGAGCAGGGUCCUCUCCAACCUAUCGUUCCUGUAAGUUUUCUUGUAAUUGUCCUGGUUAUAGCUAAAUCCCCCCCCCUCUCAUAAUAUUGUAAAGCGCUACGGAAUCUGUUGGCGCUAUAUAAAUGGCAAUAAUAAUGAUGGUAGUUGCUGUGCAAUAUAAUGACAGACGUAUUUGUGCACAGGGUUUGUUUACUAAAGUAUGGAUUGUUGCAAAUGCAAGGUGAAUUUCAGAUUUUACGUAAAAAAUAACCAAACUGAAAGUAUUUUUUUUUCCAGUUUUAUCACUGUUGUGGCCAAACAUUUGAAUUCCUGACAUUUGGAAUUAAAGGGACACUCCAAACACCAAAACAACUUAAUCUAAAUGAAGUUGUUAUGGUGCUUGGAGGCAUUCUAUUCUUAUCUCAAAAGGUUAACUCCAAAGUUGCCCCCCUUCAGAUGACAGUAGCAAUCACAUGGCCCGCACGGGCCUGAUUUGCAAAAGGGGGGACUAUCUGGGCUGUCAGACAGUCCCCUCAGACCAGGAGAAACACUAAUCGUUUAGGCUCAGCCCCUUAAGGGCGACAUAGAAUGCCGCCGUCCUUAAGGGGUUAAAGCAGCGUCCAUUGCUAAGGGUACCAGCAGAAAUGCUGGGUGAAUUCUGAAGCACAGUGCAUGUCUGUACUCAUAUGCAUGUCAAGCUGGGAACUCUGGAGUGGUUGUACGAAACAUGAUUUCUCGAGUUUCUGUGCCCAGUAAGGAAUUUCCAAAGUCCAACUUGAGAUAUGCAAGUCACAACUGUAAUUUUUCUUUUUGCACUGUUGGGAGGUUUAUUGUGUUUGGCCUCAUCACAAACUUUUUAACAUGUAAAAUAAUUUAUAGGAGACUUUAUGUAGUCUUCAGGAUCCCCUAUAUUUCUCAUUACAGUCAUGGCAUCAUUAUUUGGGACAUGUUGUAGAAUGCUACAAAACAUGAACAAAUGAGCCAGCAGAUUGGAAACAAAUAGACUGGUAACAGCCAUUCUUAAAAACUCAUUACUGUUCUUCUAGGAAUUCCUUAAUGUAUUUGUGUGUCUCUUUCUUCCUCAGAUGGCUGUUCCCAUUUAUUGGCCACAUGGGGAUUUGUACGUCAUCUGGAGUGAUCCGGGACUUUGCUGGACCUUACUAUGUGUCUGUGAGUUUUGUAGAGUUAAAGACUGACCUAGUGUUCACAUGUCCCUGUUAUCUACAAUACAUUGAGCGUCUUGACUAUUUGUAUAGCAUUUUGCUAUAUUUUAUUGAUUUAUUUUGCCACAAGCUGCAAAGGAUUCUCAACAAAGUAUUAAAAUUUAACAUUUUAUUUAUGAUUGCAUUAAUUUGUGAGACCCAUCAAAAUGGGAGUCUGUGAAACAAAAUGGUUGCAAUUCCUUAAUGAUUUAUUCAAUAUUUGUAUUUAACUCCUUGAAUUAAAGCUGAAAGGCUGCACUUCAAUUGCAUCUCAGUUGUUCAUUUUUAAAUCCGUUGUGCUGGCGUACAGAGCAAAAUUUUUGAAAAUUCUGUCUGUUUCCAUAUAAACUGUACAUUAUUUAAAAACAAAUCUAUUUCCUUUCAGAACACGAUGAAAUUAUUAUAUUAAAAAUAGUUUUGAGGUGACAGUUGUCCUCUAAACUUGAAAUUUAAUUUGAAUUCUCUUUAAUAAAUACAUGCUCCUGUUUGUGCUCCUUUUUGCAUCCUGGCAUUGAUAUUAUAUGUCUGUUAUCCUCAGAAGGUACUAUUUCUCAUUUGGCUAACAUUUUAGCAAAAUAUAUCUUAUCUUUUUAUAUCUUUGUUUUUAUGUAGGAGGACUCAAUGGCAUUUGGAAAGCCAGUAAAGUGAGUUACCCUUCAUUCCAAUACACAUCUUUCAGUUUCCUAAGAUCUCUCUACUAACUGUUCACCUCUUUAUUUAGAUUCUGGCAGUUAGAUCCAAAUCUUGUUCAUGCCAGUGGGUCCAAUCCAUGGGAUACUGCUGUUCAUGAAGCAUCUGAGGAAUAUAAGCAUCGCAUGGUAAGUGAUGCUGGGAAAAGCUCCACUGUUUCCCUUUUUUAACUCCUUCUGUUUCUUAUGAACAUUCUUCUCUCUCCCUGUACAUGCCACAGUCUCUACCACACAUCAUGUCUUACCAAAUGUAUGUAUCUUUUAUUUUAGCACAACUUGUGUUGUGAUAACUGCCACUCCCACGUUGCCCUGGCAUUGAACUUAAUGAAGUAUAAUAACACUUCAUGGAAUAUGGUGAAGCUCUGUUUUCUGUGCUUGGUACACAGCCGAUAUGUCAGGUAAAUUUUGCACGAGACUUAAUGUUAUAUAAAAGUCUAAACUAUGUAAAAGCUUGACUGUAUUAAGAAAGCUUGAACAAGGCUCUUUGAGAGCCAAAAUGUUACCGUCUUCUAUGUUCUAAUAAAGUCUCCUUUUUGAAUACUUUUGGUGUGUGCCCAGACAAUUGCUUGCUACUGUCUUCAGGGAGCCGAGUAGGGAUGUUGUAGAUGUGUCAGUCUGUAAAUACUAUCUGCAUCAUCUGGGUGUGUUUUAAGCUUAUAUAAUAUAAUAUAAUCAUAUUGUUCAAGUAGAGAUUGUAGCCGUAUUAGUCCAGUGAUGUAGAUGUAAAAAAACAGAUACAAAUUUGUAUCUUGUAAUACCUUUUUUAUUGGACUAACAGAAUCUUUUAAUGACAAGCUUUCGAGAGAACCUCCCUUUCUAAAGUCUGAAGCAUUUCUGAGCAAGACGACACCUAGAAUUCAAAGUUGAGUUGUUAUAGAGGGGUUAAAGCGACAUGAGCGCAGAUAAGACACAGGUUUGUUAGAAAAUAGACACCAUUCUUGCAGAGAGAGUCGUAGACAGUGCAGAAGAUUGUACGCUUUAUACAUCCACACACAUAACGCAUGAACACAUGUACAUAUACAUACAUGAACUCAUAUGCACAGUCACAUAUAUAAGCAUAUAUGUAUAAGAGUAUGGGGAAGUAUAGGUCUAUGCAUAGUACUUUAUAUAUUGAUAGAAUAAACAUAUUGGAAUGUGUUUUAAAGUGUUGAUACAUAUGACAGAACAGUAAGAUAAUGCUGGGAGAGUGUUCAUGUAAAGUGUUGGUAGUGGGACAGGAAACCCAAAUCAAUAUUUAGUCCAUUAUCAAUAUGCUGUUAAACAAUUUGAUAAUUCUGGUUUCAAAAUAUUAAAGCAGAGGUGCUUUUUACCAUUUUUCUCUUUACAGUGUUGGUGCCUUCCUGAAGACCUGGCUCCCCUUCAUUUUGAUGGUAGGGGCAAUACUAACCAUCAUUCUUACUUUACAUCUGCGAUGAGACUUUAUUCCUACAUGGACUCCCUUUUCAUUCACAACAUCUUUGGAAAUUUCCAACCUAUGAUACCGGGGAAGCAGGACAAUUUCCUUGUUUUAUGGUUCCACUUCACAUAUUAGCCAUGAGACUGCAUGAGGUCAUGCCUUCUUUUUUUUGUUUUUUUUCUUCUUAUCAUCGUGAAGAUACAGGAAAAGUAGUAAUACUCAUUUUGUGCUGUGGUAAAGAUCACCUACCCUUAACUGUAUAGUAUUGGACGAAGCUUAGUGUCUCACCUGUACAUGCCUCACAAAGGAUUAAUAUUGUCAGGAUCUAACAUGCACAGAACAAUGUGAAUUCAAAUCGAACUAAGAAUUAAGAACAGAUAAUGUGGCACGUGUAAAUAAAGGAUAGAAGAAGAAAAUCAAUUUCUUCUCUUAAAUAUUUAUUUAUUCAAUUUAUCUUCUAGAAUUGUCUUCUUUUUUUAAUUCAAGUCACUGUUAUUGCUGUCCUUACAAGUGGAAGUACAUCAUCAUCGUGUAUUGCAAAUGAUGAUGAUACAAAAUCAUUAAUAUCCAUAAAGAAAAUAAGUCUCAGUAUUAGGCAUGAAUGUGCCUGUUUGUGGGAAGACAUAGAACAUAGUUUGUACGUGCAACAAAAUAACUGUAACCGAAUGAUACACAAGCAAGAGCUAUGGAUUUAGAGCAUAUGUGUCAGUAUCAUAAAUCAGGAGAGCCAUUGAAGCUCUAUGAUUGGCUAGUGGAAAUUCCGAGUCAUAGCUGGCUGUAGGAAAGGAGUAUGAAGGUCUUGGGUAUGUCCAGCCGCAGUACUCCCUUUAUCAGUACCAUGAACUACUGUGAGAGGUUUGUUGAGGUAUAGUAGACACAUGAGAGGGAUAGAGAAAGAGAAUUGGGGGGAGAUUGGGAAACAUAGAGGGGAGAAAAAGGAAGAGAGGGAAAAAAAGGUAAAGGAGGGGCAGGUGUCUGCGCCACUCCCCCAGGGCACCCGUGAAGGAAGAAGAGUGAAAAGACCUUCAAGAAUACAAGUACUUGACAGGGCUAUUAGAGACUGAAAACCUGUUGGGUAAGUUUCAUGUAGAUGUAUGGGAUCAUUACUCCUCCACAAACAUUUAUUAAGAUUUUACACCCCCAUUGGAUUAUUUACUAAAAGUUAUAAUUGACGGAAGGUCAAUGUGAAUCUGAAAUUCAAGGACAAAAUAAUUAAACUAAAAACAGAAUUAAAUUGGAGAAUUAUUUUGAUCAGCUGUUUUGUAAUUAAUUUAAAAAUUCACUUUGAAUUCCUUUUAAUUCUUACUUUAAUAAAUAACCCUGCCUGAAAACAUUGGGAGGCUAUUGCACAUGUUCAGCAAAACGUUGCGCUGUGCCAAUCAGCAUCUCUUAAUAGCGAUGCAUUGAAUCAAUGCAUCUCUAUGGGGAGCACCGCUGAAUGUCAGGCUGGACUAGGCAGCUAGUCUGAUUAACCCCUUAAGGACACAGCUUCAGGAGCUGGACAUCCCCUUAAGGAGACAAGCUAUUUUUGCAUGUUUUGCUGUUUGUGUUCAACUGCAAUUUGCAUUUCUCUCAUUUAUUGCAUCAACACAUAUUAUAUAUCGUUUUUUUUUAAGGAAAAAAUGGGCUUUAAUUUGAUGUGACAUGUACAUAUAUAAAAUCUAAUUUAUUAUUAAAAAAAAAUUUAAAAAUGGAAAAAAAACAUUUAAAAAGAGAAAAAAAUUCAGUUUUGGCAAUAGUAGUGUGUCCAUAAUAUGUCCAGCUUAGGAAAAGUAAUUCAAAAUAAAUUCAUUUAUGUGUCUUGUUUUUCAACGUGCAUAAUAUGUAUAGGAUUUCAACUUAUUUUUAAAAGUUACAGGUCACAAAAUAUAAUGAGUAAUAUAAAAUUUCAAUGUGAAACAAAUUUAGAAGUUGGUAUGUUUGACUUGUAAGUUUAACAGCCGUCACAGAAAACAAAAUUGCUACACAAAAUUAUAUAUUUAUAUAAAGUAGAUAUAACAGGCUAUUUAUCUAAGGGUGUUUUGACACUUUUUUCAGCCAUUUCCCCACCAAUCUCUGCUAAAUAUUGG